UUAUUAGGGCUUACGCAUGACUUCCAGUCAAUCAGAUCCUCCUAAUUAAUAAUAAUAUGGAAUCACUUUUUCUCUUUGUUUGAUUUCAUGCAUUAUAAAAAUGUUCUGAAAAGGAUAACCAAAAAUAUAAAUUACGAGUUUAGUAGCUUAGUUGUUCUUGGGCAGUUCAACAAUCUAGAUGAAAUGAAAGUCUAUUAAUGACUAGUUUUUUUCGUUUAUCCCUUCAAAAAGAAGGAAACACUUUUGUUCUAUGCUUAAUGAGUUGUUAACAUUUGGGAUGUCUUUUUUAGCCGAUCCCUAACAUUUGGGUAAUCGAUUCAUAAUUGGACCACUCUAGAGGGUGUUUUGUCACCUAAUUAACUAUUAUACAUUAUUACCCAUCACUUAGAUAAAUGACACUUUCACUUACAACCCUUGUCUUUUUACUCUUCUUACAUUCUGGACAUAAUUUCAAUUUUUCUGUCUAAAACGCAAGAAAUUUUGUUGUCAACAUAGUAAAUCAUACUAAUAUUGUUACGGAUAAUAUCCAACUUCAAACUCGUGAUUAAGCUUAUUCUAAGGAUAAGUCUUGACGAUUUGAGGUAACAUGCUUCCUCCUAUAAGUAUUUUGCCAAUCUGAAUUCCUUUUAAACCAAACACUUUUGGGCAUAUUAUCUUGGCAUAACUUCUGAGUCAUUCACUUUUUCUAUAUAUAAUACCAACUCUAAAGUAGAGGGUUUUGAAAAUAAAUAGAUUAUAGACUAUAUAUUAGUCCUCUAUUUUGCUAAGAGGGUACAUAUCUAUUCGGACAAUUGAUCAUUCUUUUCUCAAGAAAUUGAUAUAUGUAAUAAAUAUUACUCAAAGGCGGUAACAAAUUUCAAAAAUCGACUUCACGAAAUUGUAAAAGUAGUCUGUAAAAUAUCUAAUAUAUACUAUAAUUUUUAAGACAAAAAAAGAAAUAGAUUUCGAAAAAAGGGUAAAAUUAAGGCUAAAAAAAGAAACAAGGAAAUAUUCUUAGAAACAUACAUGUGCCAAUAGAUAGCUAAGAUCGCAUAUACAUGUGGAAGCACACAUGCAUACUUCUUCUAACCAAAACUUAAACUAUAAUUCUGCCGUAGUAUCCUUACAAAAAAAAACACAAAGGUCUAAUUGUGAUUAAUAAAAACAGUAAGGUUAAGAAUGGCAACAUAAUCAAAUAGUAAGGGUGAAAAGUGAAACUAAUCAAAUAUAUUCUUAAGGUUAGUGAAAAGCUUUACAGCCUAUAAAUAAUCCCUUUUAGGGUUACGCUAGUUAAGAAACAAAAAAGACAUCUUUUCUCUACAGAAAUGACGAAAAGACGAGUUGUGUUGAAAAGGGAAGAACCACUACCACCACCACCACCGUCAAUGGAUUCAGCUAACUCAUCGAACACGAUGAGGGUUCAUGUGAGAUAUGGCGAGUGUCAAAGAAACCAUGCAGCCAACGUUGGUGGGUAUGCUGUUGAUGGGUGUCGGGAAUUCAUGGCGGCGAGUGAGGAGGAGGACACUGAGGCUUCACUUACGUGUGCCGCCUGUGGCUGCCACCGCAACUUCCAUAGAAGGGUGGUGGAAACUGAAGCUGUUAGUAGCAGCGACUGUGAGUGAAAACAAGAACUUCAACCACACGUCUCCUUAUGGUUAUGAAACACACCUCCUAUUUAUACUGCAAUGUGUGUGUUUAUGUGUGCGUUUUUUGUUUGUCUUCUUGUGUGUGUGUUUAUGGUUUUGUCUUUUAGCGUAUGUAAAUGAGAGUUGGGUGAGUUAAUGUAAAAUUAGGUUACUUUUGUCUGUCGUUUAUAAAUCUCUUUAAUAUUCACUUUA